UACAGUCAACUUCAUCGUGACUCGAUUUUAAUUUAGUGAAAUUAGUUUSAAAACAAAACACGAUGAAUGUGAUCAAACUACAAACGUAAAACAAUGUGAUGUUUCCAGGAAAGUGAUGCAAAAUGACGCGAGUCUGUUGGUUGUUGUUGGUCCUUUUGAGAUCAUCGUACUUGCUUGGAUCGUUUAUACCAACAAAAGGAAUACGACCACGGAGUGAAAUUGACCUAUCCACAGAAAAGCAAGUUGUAUUUUGUGCUGGUCAAAACAAGUCGUUAGAAUGCCUGUCUCCAGGGUCCACCAUCGCUAUAAUGGAUACAUUCUGGGGUCGACUUUCAGACAAAAUCUGCCCGUCAGAAGAUGGCGAUCCAAACACAAGCUGUGGUAAUGAUGAAGCAACAACUCCGCUUCUGCGCAAACUCUGUGAUGACAAAGUAUAUUGUGAAAUCCCCGCUAGACAUACGGUAUUACAAAACCCCGGUAGUGUCCACUGUCCGGGUGUGAAUAAGUACCUAAUAGUCAACUACACGUGUGUGCCUAUUGAACACAAACUUGUUCUUUGUGAUGGAGAAACCACAAACUUACGGUGUCGAGAAAACUGGAAGCUUAACUUGAUAAACGCUUUUUGGGGAAGAGCCUCGCCCACCACUUGUGUGGCCACGCAAGGGCAUCCGUCAAGGAUUGGCAAGUGUAGAAGCUUGAACACCACACUGAGUACAGUACAACGGCUUUGUCAAGGAAACGGAAAUUGUGUUGUACGUGCCGACGCUGCUCACAUGGCUAGCGGGACCGACCAUUGCCCAGAUGUUGAUAAAUAUGCCAUAAUUCAAUAUAGAUGUCAGCCAAACGUCCCUGUUCAAGAAGUCACAGUGCCAACAUUUAGCAGUUCCAGACUCACCACUGAAAAUAACAAACCGAAAUCUUACCGUCCAUUAUUGCCUCAUGUACCAACCAUCAUGUUGACUACAAAAUCGGGCUCUUCGUCCUAUGAAGUACCGACAAGUAAAGCAUCAAUUGACACCCUACUUGAGGAAUACAUGAAUAGUCAAAAGCCGAGCAAUGAGAAAGAAAUACAAGAAAUAACCCUCCCGCAUGAUGCAACUCCUUCACCACCCCCUAAGGAGAAAAUUUCAGUCCCUCAAGACAAUUCCCAGGUAGAUCUACAACAAGACAUUGCGAUGUUGAAAAAAAUAUUGCGCAGUAAAGAAAUUAUGAAAGUGGGGAGUAAGGCUUUCAAAGGGAUCAACGAAGCAAGUGCUUCAAUGCACGGCUCAUUUAAUAAAGAUGAGGCAGCAAAAAACGUCAGUAGUGAGCUUCAUCUAAGUUUGAGCGAAGAAGAACUUCGUCAAUUGGCCCGUUCACCCGAUGCUAUUCAAAUAAUCAAAGAGUUUAUCGAAAGAGAAAAACAAAAGAAGGCGAAAGGAAAUACUGGCUCUCAGAAUGUAACACAAGUGAUACCUGUUACUCCCACUCCACAAGCUAAGCCUGCAAGCCCAACCAAACUACCUAUUAAAGACUUCGAUCCAACAGCUAAGCUAGGAGGCAAAAUCAUGGGUAAUUUGUUAUACGAAAAGUUCUUAAAACCUGAACAAGAUCAGCCUGAUGAGCAACCAACACCAUCUACAAGUAAAGUACAGGGAAACCAGAUAAUUGUACUAAAAGAGAAGAUAUCUGCUUUACAGGCGAUCAGCGAUGCUUUAAAACUUAUUACUUCUAAACUGGAUAAUGCCGAGAAACAAGUUUCUGGUCCUCAUUUUGAUGUUGGUACGUUAGAGGUAUCAGAGGAUGUCAAUCAAAAGGACGUGAAAUAUUUACAAGAUAAAAUUAAUAGAGCAAUUGAGACAACUGAAGAAAUGAGUCGCCAGGAAGCGUUGAAAUUAAAAGCAAAGGCUGUGGAAGACAUCUCCGGGACGACGAGAGAUAACGUCUUAGAAGUAAAAGAGAAGCAGCAAAUGGAUAAAGAAAUAAAAGAUAUUGAAGAUACUUUCAACGAAUUCAUCAAAAGAGCAGAGAAGAGUGGAAAGUUAAAAGCUUUAAAAGGUACACCAACCGAGAGUCUUUUCCAGCAACUACAAAGCGGAAAUUUCAAAAUGGAAUUCGCUGAUGACAAAGCAAAGAAAGAAGAAAAUAAAACGAAGGGUACAUAUGGCUUUGAAGUUGACACACAGGAGCCAAUCAUUAGCAUAGUCACAACAAAAGAUUCUAAUGGAAAAGGCAAAACUGCCCAAACACCAUCAAGUCGGUCAUCAACAACAGUCUCUAUUCAAAACACAAUUGYWAAGAACCAAGUACAGGCAAUAAACACAGGAAGCACCGCCUCUCAAGAACCMGUCCCAAAACCAGUUCAAACCGAUUCUCAAAAGAAUACUAGGCAAGUUGAUAGCUUGGCUCAAAAACUCACCAAGCUUCCUUCAGCAACUGCCUCCAAAGCUGUCAACUCGAUUGUAAAUGCAACAAAUCGACAGGGUAAUGCAAGCUAUUACAUUUCCCUCAAACCCAUCACUACUUACCAUGACUUGCAACAGGACGUAAAACUCGGUGGACGAAUCAACAGUGAAAUCAUCAAAGAAAAGGAAAAAGCCGAGAAACUGUACCACGGUAAGGACAUAAAGACACUAUUGAAUAACCUAAAACCAACUUCCAAGRCCCCAUCGAUAAGUAUCAAACUUCUCGAUAAUGCCGAUAAGUCCCAGGACAAGGCGCCCUCAUUGAAUGUUACAGUAGUAAAUGGAACAAAACUGGGUGACGAAAAGGUUAAAACUGUUGGRAAACUAGACGAGAAUACUGUGAAGUUACUGAGCAUUGUUGUUCAAGGAUAUUUGGACAAAACAAAAAAGAGGAAUCAUCGUCGAAGGAAAAAGAAACACCGCAGAAUACCCAUCACAUUUGAACAAGAAGACUUCACUAUUGGAGCAAAGCACGACCAAGUCAACCCUAAGGAGCCAAGGAAGGUGAAGGCACUUGAUGGCGAGUUGCUUGAUAUGCUUGAAGAACAAUUAGCUGACUCGCAGUCAAACUGGAGUAAGGAUAAUGGCGUAAGCAACGCCAAGGCGAACGAAGUCAAUGAUUCGGAGGACAUGAAUUCCUUGCCAAGUGAUCGAGAGGUUGAGYCUGAAGAAGACGAGGAAGCASUUCCAAAUAGUCUCCUUCAGGAAAGCAAGGCGAAGYCAGUGCAACCGACGAGUGAUGAAGAMCAGCCUAUCAAAGAAUAUACGUCGAGAACUCAAAGCAUUGACGGUCUGGUGCGUGACCUCAAAGAAAUGAUCAAGGACGGUACCAARGAUGAAGCGGAAAGUAAACAAUCAUCAUCUGUAGCAAGCUCAAGGAACUCAAAACCAGCAGUAUUCUCAUUACACAAAUCAAAAGCACAUUUGAUYCACUUUUCAGGAGCUACAACCUCUGGAAAGAUAAUUGACACCGUCGACCAAGGACACAAAGCUGUUUCUAAAGAACCAGUGAUAUUGUACGCAGGAGGAAGAAUUGCAGAAGAGGGAAAACCUGUUAUGAAACCUGUCAGUCAAGCAGCACUGGCCGCCAUCAAUAUGAUACCCACGACAAAAUCAAGCGUUGGCACUGUGCCUACGAGUCGGUCAGGAAAUAAGCUGAAGAAGUUAGUAUCUGGGGUAAAACGCUUGCUGAAAGCUCUGCGAGGAAGCAUUUCAAAAGAUUUAGAAAAAAACAAGAAUGAAAACAAACAUGAUUACACUGAAAAUCGUGAAAAAGAAGACAGCAAAGACAAUGAUAGUGUUUAUCGUGAUCUCGGAAAACCAAAUCUAAAUUUCCCACCCAAGAACAACGGCUACUAUAAUGAUCGCCCGGUUGAAGAUGCGRCUAGUGAGCCUGGGCAGGGAUAUAAAGCUUAUUACAAACCGUAUAAACCCAAYGAWGAGUUAGGUGAACAGUUUGAUAUGAAUCUGGCCCAACAAUACGCCACUAAUCCUAAGGAAUACUCMACUUUUUCAGCCGACAGGUAUUCAAGUCCGUACAUGGGCUACCCAAUGCAGUCCCCAGCAUCAUAUGCGAGCUUUGUCCCAAAUCAAAUGUCUCCAUAUGCCGAAACCCUACCGAAGAAAGCCAAGCAUGCACUUACUUCAGCUUUAACAAAUGAUCCCAUCAUUAGAGCAGUUGAAGAAUUUUCUAGCAAUGAAUCUAGACUUUAUAAUGAGAAGCUUCAAGGCAUUCAGAGAAAUGCCAUUCCUCAUCCAGAUAGAAAAAACACUUAAUUGUAUAAAUUUAGAAAAAAUAGAAAUUAUAAAGGAAA